GAGCGUGUAAAGGUAACAUAAUUCAAACUGAAAGGGAAGCCUGAGGAGGUUAGACGUUAUGUGUAGUGUGCGCUGUGGCCCAGGGGACCCUGUGGGAGCCAGUCGCCUUCUCUAUCAACCUCGUGUGAACCCAGAGCAAUGGGUCCGAAACGCAGACAGCAGGGUCUGCAUGCCUAGCUGCCAACUCGCGGACCUAAGUUUCAUGCCAGGUGCCGAGGUGGACGACAUUAACGAGUGCAUUCUUCUCGAGGGGGCCCAGGAUGGAAUUGGAAUGCGGGUCGGGGGUGGCGUCCAUGAUGACGUCACUUCUACGACCUGUAUUCAUUCGGUUGCACUCCGUCGAUUUGCUGCAGAAGCGCCUAAAGUGUUCACAGCGGAGUUGUCGAGCCAGACCAAUUAUAAUAAACUAGGUGAUGAAGAGGGAACACAGCUGGCGCGCCAGCAAGACAACAACAAAGCGAUCCCCCAUUCAACACCGCUCACUCUCAAUUGGUUAUCGGAGAACUACGAGUCCGCUGAAGGUGUGUGCAUUCCUCGCAACGUCAUCUACAAGCACUACUGUGACUUCUGUCAGAAAAAUGGCAUGAUACCUGUAAACCCGGCAAGUUUUGGUAAGAUCGUUCGUCAGAAGUUCAAGAUGGUGAAAAACAGGCGUCUAGGAACCAGAGGCUACUCAACGUAUCAUUACCACGGCAUUGGCAUUCGGCACUUCUCCGUGUACUACGAGGAGCAGUACAGUCGAAAUGGUAUCAACAGCAUACAAGGGAAAAAAGGAGCCAACAAUCACGUCUCUCCUCGACCGCCGACGAAUCCCGCAUCGCCAAAGGCAAAUGUGUCAUCCACAAAUGUUCCCGUAAUAGAAUUUCCAAACCUUCAGAACGUAACUCUACCAGCCAGUAUCUCCCACCAACUUUUCGGCUCCUUCUUCACGAUGUACCGUGCCCACUGCUUGCGGGUCUUCAACUCCAUCUACAGGAAUGAGCUAGAUGAGGUGAAAGAGUUCUUGCAGCACUUCUGGAAAGAAGUACCACUGCAUUUCAUAGGUAUUCUGGGGAGCAACGCAGUGGUCAAUAUGGUGGGUGUGUGUGACUCAGUUCUGUACCGGAGCAUCGCUGGCAUCUUUGUGCCCUCAACCCGUAAAACCUCUCCAGCGCCCUCUACAAUGCUGAUGAAACUUGUACCAUUAAUAGAUGGUUGGUUCUACACAAUGCUGGCAUCUCUGCCUGCAAACCUAUGCACCAUAAAACGCAACUUGGCGCACCAUUUUUGUCGGGUCUUACGUCGACUCAUCUCGCUGAAUGAGAUAUGGCUUUCAGUGGCUGAACUACUAAAGAAUAAAGAUUCCUUUUCCAAGAUGCUGGCUGAUUGGAGGGGUACCGAUGUGGAGCAGAUUUGUUCUGAGGUUGCUUUUGGUAUAAAAUGGCCUGAAUCCAGACAUGUAAUGAUGAGUUUGUUCAAAGAAUUUGAAUAUCUACUGGAGAGCCAAGUUGGAGUGGACAUUUUGGUGCAAUGGUUUGAGACGGUGGUAGAGCGAUGUGUGACGACAGCAGCCAGAGAGCGUGGCUGCCCAGUGAGACGGAUCUCACACCAUUUCUUGCUUAUCUGGGUCACUGUUGGGGCCAGAGUCCUUCGUGACCUAACCCUCACCUCCACAAAUUCAUUGGGUGAGUCAUGUAUGGUCAUCUAG